AUGUCGGAGAUCUUCCUCAUCAAGAACCGGCUCCACCAGCAGCAACUUCGGUUGGUAGAGAAAGCGCAGAAGAACAGCCAUGAUGGUGAUUCGGUUGGUGGUGCCAACAUCGUGGAUGGAACGGUUGGUGCGAGUGAGAACAGUGAGGUUGGAACGAGUGAGCGCAAACAUGACAAUGCGGCCUCCUCUGACGAUAGCUGUAAUGCGGUAGACAAAAAACUGGGCAGUGACGACGAGCAGCAAAGGCGGCGUGCGAAUUUGUUCAGGGGUUCCGAUCUCUCGUUCAAUGGCAAAAUAAGCCCAUUGAUAGAGGGCACAGGACGAGUAACAAACUGUGCUCUGGAAGAUUCAACUAUUUCUAGUAGUUAUGGCUUCGUACAGAUAAAGCCGAAAGCUUCAGGUUCUUAUGAGUGUGAUGAAGCUGCUCAAGAGAAAACACUAAACGAAACGUGUGAACUGUUAACAAAAGAGAACAAAUCGUUGACUCAUUACGAGAAUGAACAGUCGCCAGAUAUGUUUGCGGAAGAUGACGAUACGGUGGACGACAAAAAGAAGAAUGACGAAAGUCUUUCACGCGCGUACCAACGUACCAGUGGAAUGUCCUCGAGGGAGUUAGAGUGUGUAGACGAGAGUAAAGUGGAUCGUAUAGAGCGUACUUUGUUGAAACGGUUACAGAUGUCGCUUGCCGGUAUUCCACCGCCUCCAGCGUUAACGUACUCAGCUAUCGACGUCGGGAGUAUGCUUGCAAUUUAUCACAGUAAUGCUGAGCGGUGGUUAGCGGCGCAUAGCUUGAGUAAGUCGGACAGUGCCCGGGACGGGAUGGAAGAUAAAAAAGCGCAGGAGUGCCUUAGCAAGCCAACUCAAACAUUGGCCGAUUUGGCGAACAUCGCAUGGCCCGAGUUAACGAAGCACCGUGCUCAUGGGCUGCACUAUAACCGAUCGUUGGCAACGGAAAUGUUUGAAUUGUUAAGCUUGAAAUACAUCGAACGCUAUCUAAGCGUGGAAACGAGCUCUUCCUUUAAUAUGACUAUUUUGCAGUCAAGUGCAAAAAAACGGAAUCAACGACUGAAAUUAUUGAGCCAAUCGCCCGGUAGGCGACUAAGCCAUCUGGCAAAACGCAGGGCAACAUUUUCGUCCGAGAGUUUACUUAGUAAUAGCGACAGCAAAUGUGCAACAAGCAGCAGUGGAAGGGGCAUUAUUAACGCAAAUUCACUUAGGAAGUUAAACCCGCACAGAGUAUGCAAUACCAGACAAGUGUUUCUAGAUCCCAAAAAAUCGGACAACCGUAGGAAAAAUAAAAUUAAAACUCCUAAACGUAGGACUCCAGGCGGAAAAAAGUCACCCCAUCGACGGACCCCUGGAUCAUCCAGCAAAAGCUUGACACUGAGGCACGUUGUUACUAGUUCUAAACCAGGUACCCAACCGGUCCACGUCCCGGCUACUCGUGAAACAUCAAAACGGGCCCUUUUCCUCAGCCCUCAGAAUGGUGGUGUGACGGCCUCUGCACGCGCUUACGGCAGCAACAGCAAACAAACAGAUCGUUCUAUAUUCUCAGAGGCACGGGUAUUGAAAUCAAAACGGUCGCUGUUUUCGCCAACACAUGAGUCACAGUCUAGCAUUCAACCAUGUUCAGGCGCAUCAACAUUUGCAGGAACGGCUGCUUCGUCGUCCUUGAAAACGAUGUCAGUUAGCACCGCGGUAUCGUCGAAUAAGCGAGGACGCUCCCCUGCGGUCGAUAACGAUAAUGACGAGCGGACGGAGAAAAUCCCACGCAUGGAAUCCUCCGGACUGAGUGAAGAGGAUCUGACCCCACGGUCGCUGCAGCAGCUUAACUACCGAGCGGCCAACUGGAGCAACUUCAAGCGGAUCGUCAGUGACAACCUCGACACGGGAGUACCCCUUACGACGAUGGAGGACAUCGACGCAGCCAUCACUAGCCUCGUAAGCAGCUUAAGGGUAGCCGAGAAUAGCUCGGUACCCAGGGUAGCUAUAAAAACAAGAUAA